ACACACACACACACACACACUCUCCUUUUCCUCGUCUUGUGGAGCAGCAGUCGUCGCUCAGUCUUUGAGCAGAGAAGGAAGCCUGAGUUUCUGAUCUGUGGACUCUCACUGUCCUGAAUCAUGAGCAGCAACGUGCUGUUGGAAACUGUGACAGGCAGAAUUCAGAAAGCCAAGCAGAUGAAGGACGAGGAGAAGUCGUACAGAUACAACGGGGUCCUGUACCCGGUCGUCAUGUGCCCGGAGGAGAAUUUAAAGGCUCUGGACGACAUCGUGGCCAGAAAGGACGAUGUGAUGCUGGUGGCUUAUCCCAAGUGUGGCUUCAACUGGAUGGUGGGCGUCAUGAAGAAGAUCAUCCUGGAGUCCACAGGCGUCAGCCUGGAGUCCAAGAUGGCGCCGCUGAUCGAGUUCAUGGGACCAGACGGCAUAAAGCACGUGAACCAGGCUCCUUCUCCACGCUUUCUGGGGACUCACAUGCAUCCUGACUUCAUCCCCGCUACCUUCUACCAGGAGAAAACAAAGAUGCUGGUGAUCUUCAGGAACCCCAAAGACACUCUGGUUUCCUACUUCCAUUUCUGCAACUCCAACCCAGUUCUCCCGUCUGUAGAGUGGGACUCGUUCUUCCGUCAGUUCAUGAGCGGAGACGUUUUCUGGGGAUCUUAUAUUGAACAUGCUUUGGCCUGGGAGAAGAAGAUGGAUGACCCCCGAGUCAUGAUCAUCACCUACGAAGACAUGAAGCAGGACCUGAACGCCGGCAUUCGCCAGGUCUCCGGCUUCUUUGGCUGCAGCCUCACAGAGUCUCAGGUCCAGCAGAUCGCGGAGAACAGCACCUUCAGAGCAAUGAAGGAGAACUCGUCCAAGUCCCACGGCGUUGUUGCAGACGCCAUCUUCAGAAAAGGUGAAGUCGGGGACUGGAAGAACCACUUCAGUCCAGAACAGAGCCGAGAGAUGGACGAGGCCUUCAACAAGUACCUGGAAGGAACCAGACUAGGAGCUAAGCUCAAAUACCAGGAGUACUGCCAGUAGGAAGGAAGGAAGGAAGGAAGGAAGGAAGGAAGGAAGGAAGGAAGGAAGGAAGGAAGGAAGGAAGAGAGAGGCAGGCAAAGCAUGUAGAAGCAGAGAUCAUGUCAUUGGUCGUACUGUAAGAGAAUACAGGUCUCAUGUUAGAUUUCAUGUGGUCAUGUCUGUUUCCAAUCUCGGUUUACAACUUUGCCAUUAAACCAGUACUUAUGUUAUGGGAUGUUAUGGAGCUGAACCUCCAGCCUUGUUGAAGUUCUACGGGAUCAGGUUGUUGACCACGCUCCUUAUUGCUCUGCUCUGAUCUGUUUUUUUGUUUGUGCUAAAUGGCAUUGCUCAGAUUUCUGUUAAAUACAUACCAAACAAACCCCAAA